AUGGUACUGGAUAUUGAUGAAGUUAAACGCUUCAACAGUGAGCAUAUAUCAGAAAACGACGAAGAUGAUAAUACAUUUCAUGGAAAUCAAGAAAGUAUUACACUUAUAUGGUUUGAUAAAAGUAUCGAUUUAAAUUCGAAAGAUAUUCAAUUAACAAAAACUAUGUUAAAAGAAAUUAAUGAUUAUAUUAUAUUAUUUACUAAUAUUGAUGUCUGUAUACAAUAUAUUGAAUCAAUAAAAUCAGAGAUAAUAUUUCUGAUUGUAUCCGGAAGUGAUGCACAUAAUCUAUUGUCAAAAAUACAUAAUCUUCGUCAAAUUGAUAGCAUCUUCAUAUUUUGCAUGGAUAAAUUAAAAUAUGAUAAAUCAUUGAUUGGAAAAGGUGAUUAUUAUAAAAUAAUUGAUAUCUUCACUGAGCAAAGCAGCCUAAUUAAAAGUAUUCAACGUACUAUUCAAUUAGUUGAAAGACAAAUGGAUAUUUUUAGUUUAUAUAGUCAAAAUCAAAAAUCGAUACGAAAUUUAACGAAAGAAUCUGCAUCAUUCAUAUGGCAUCAACUUUUAAAGGAGGUUCUACAAAAAAUGCCAAGUGGGGAUAAAAAUGCAAAACAAGAAAUGAUCGAAAAAUGUCGUCUAUAUUAUCGCGGUAACAAAAAAGAAUUAAAAAAUAUUGAUGAUUUUGAUAAAAAUUAUUCUGUUAAUAAUGCAAUCAAAUGGUAUACAAAAGAUAGUUUUCUAUUUAAAUUAAUAAAUAAAGCUUUACGAACAGAAGAUGUUGCAGCAUUAUAUACAUUUCGUUUUUAUCUAAUUGAUUUAUGUUCUCAGUUAGUGAUUAAUCAUGAAAUGGUAUUAGAUUGUGGUAAGCCAUUAAAACUUUAUCGCGGAAUAAGACAUUCAAAAGAUGAAAUUGAGCGUUUAAAAGAUAGUAUUGGUCAUUUAAUAUUAACAAAUGGAUUUCUUUCCACAAAUGAUAAUAUAGAAGUAGCUGAGAUGUAUGCUGGAAUUACAGAUAUGAAUCCUAAUGGUAACAGAAAUGAUUUUGAACCAGUUAUUUUUGAAAUUGAUUAUGAUACAAAUAAACACUCAACGGCCAUAAUAGCUAAUAUUUCGUGUUAUAGUCAAUUUCGAGAUGAACAAGAGUUUUUAUUUGAUCUUGGAACAGUUUUUCAAAUAGAAGAAUUUCUUAUAAACAAGAGCGAAAAUGCUGGGUAUGCAAAAUGA